AUGGUUGCUAUCAACGUACUAAGAUUAGUCAUCGCUCUAGGUUUAGCAACUGUGCAAGCGACUCAAUUCUGGCAUAAUACAGGAACGAAAGCGGGUUGGGAUACCUUCACUCACGAAGACAAGGGCACUGUCGAUGAGGUGACGGACAUCGUCUACAAGGGCACCACAGCUCUACGCAUGACUCAAGUAUACGACUCAUCUUACAGCGGCCGCUACCACUCCGAAGCAGUCAAGUUCAACGCUUACCAGAAGGGAAACACGGGGUUCUACGGAUUCGCCUUCCGGCUCCAGGAUAACUGGCAGUUCGAUCCCGCCCAGGAGUUCAACCUCGCCCAGUUCAUCGCUGAUUUCUCGGAUCUCAACUGCGGCGAGUAUUACAUGCCUAGCUCGAUGGUGUGGAUUGUGGGGGACCAGUUACAGACACGUGUGAAGUACGGCGAUGUGUGUCCUACUACGAACCAGAAGACUAAGUCCUUCACGAACCUCAAGAAAGUCACGUCAGGGGCGUGGCACCGCGUCGAGAUCCAGGCUAGCUGGAAGAGCGAUAACACGGGGUUCUUCAAGCUAUGGUAUGAUGGAGAGAAAGUGGUGGAGGCCUACAACCUUCCGACGACAGUAGGGGAUGGGCGAUAUUUCCAGUUCAGAGUGGGCUUGUAUGCUAAUGGUUGGCAUGAUCAUGGCUAUGAGGGUACCCAAGGAACUAGACAUGUUUGGUAUGAUCAGAUUGCCGCUGGUUCUGCCUUCCAAGACGCCGAUCUAAAUGGUUGGGAUACCAGCUCUUAA